AUGACUAAUAUUGGCACAACUUAUGCAACAUCCGAGAAUACGGUUUCAACCCCUCUACCUACAAUCUUUAGUGAAAUUCCACCUCCUCACAUUAAGAAACGAAAGAAUUGUUUAGAGGUUUGGAAUCAUUUCAUUGUAUCGUCGGAAGAAGAACAAAAAGCUUCGUGCAAAUAUUGUGACAUAAAAAUUAAGUAUAAUAAUGGAACUAGUUCCAUGCAUGCUCAUUUAUUGAGAUGCCUCUUUUACAAGAGGAAAAGGACAUCGUCUUCUAUGACAAGUGCUGAAGAACAUGUUGGGUCUCCUUUAAUCGUCAAGUUUGACUAA